AAGGAAGGAAGGAAGGAAGGAAGGAAGGAAAGAAAAGAAACAAAGGAAAGAAAGAAAGAAAGAAAGAGAACUCUUGAACUUGUGUGAUAUUUUAUCCUAUAUUUCUGGUGCAAUUAUAAAACUGAGAAUAGAAACAAAGUAUAUCAAUCAAGGAUUACUGACACCUCACAUUUAGAAUAUGAUUCUUCUGAAUUAUUUUUUGAUGCAGAGUCAUCAAAAUAGGUGUUCCCCCCACACACACAGAAUUGUCCUUAGUGCCAUUAAGAACCCAGAUGCCGUAAUAUUUCUUGAAAAGAUUUUCCAGCAGGUGCAAUGGCUCAUGCCUGUAAUCUCAACACUCUGGGAGGCUGAGGUGGGCAGAUCAUGAGGUCAGGAGUUCGAGACCAGCCUGACCAACUUGGUGAAACUCAUCUCUACUAAAAAUACAAAAAUAAGCCAGGCAUGUUGGCAUGCACCUGUAAUCCCAGCUACUCAGGAGGCUGAGGCAGGAGAAUCACUUGAUCCCAGGUGGUGGAAGCUGCAGUAAGCCGAGAUCACGCCACUGCACUCCAGCCUGGGUGACAAAGCGAGAUUCCAUCUCAAAAAAAAAAAAAAAGAAAGAAAAGAAAAGGAAAAAGAUUUUCUUCCAAGUCAGUGACACUUAAGUUUUGGUGCUUGCACUUUCCUGAUCCUACCAGAAGAUGUCGCAAAAGGUUUUCUAACAACAACGUAACUCAUCUGUCUUCUUCAAAUGGUCCUUAAAUGGUUUUUGUGACGUGACCAGGGAUGGCAGUUAUGCUACCAGGAAUGACUACUAUCAUAUUGUCACUUGCUGACAGUGAUUUUUUUUUUUUUUUGGAGACAGAGUCUUGCUCUGUAGCCCACACUGGAUUGUGGUAGUACAAUCGUGGCUUGCUGCAGCCUUGAUCUCCUGGGCUCAAGUGAUCCUCCCACUUCAGCCUCCUGAGUAGCUGGGUCUACAGGUGCAUGCCACUGUGCCCAGAUAAUUAUUUUAUUUUAUUUUGUAGAGAAGCUAUCUUGCUGUGUUACCAGGGCUGGUCUUGAACUCCUUGGCUCAAGCAAUUCGUCCACCUCAGCCCCCCAAGUAGCUGGGACUAUAGGUGCACACCACUGCACCUGGCUAAUUUUUAAAAUUUAUUUUUGGCAGAGAUGGCAUCUCACUUUAUUGCCUAGGCUGGUCUUGAACUCCUGGGCUCAAGCAGUCCUCCCACCUUGGCCUCUCAGUGUUGGGAUUACAGACAUGAGUCACCGUGCCUGGCCCUUAAAGUGAUUAUAAGGUGUUCUAGAUUAUGAGAUUCAGCCUUACUUAGAAGUGUUUAAAUGUGUAUAUUAGAAUCAGUAAAAUGUGAUGUAAUAAAAAGAAUAAAACGAGGCAUAUUCUGCUCUCAUUGGGAAGACUCUAAAGAUGUCAUAGUCUUCAAAUUUUAAUGCAUAAAUUUAAUGUGAUUUUUCCCACAAAAUGCCAAUAGCCUAUUCCAUAGUUUAUAUGGAUCGGUAAUUUCACUUCUAAGCAUUAAUUCACAUUGUCAAAAUGAUAUGUGUACAAGGUUUUGUAAUGCAGUACUUUUUAGUAAAGAUUAGAAGCAAUCAAAAUUUCUUUUCUUACAGGACUGGAUAAAUAAGUUGUGGAACAUUUGUACAAUGGAAUAUUUUUCCUCUAUUAAAAAGAAGGAAGUGGCAUUAUUACAUAUCCAAAUGGAACAAAUCUUGAACUUACUUUGUUAAGUGAAAAAUUGAAGUACAGAGCAGAAUGUAUAGUAUGCCACCAUUUGGGUAAAAAUAGAUAAAUAUAAUAUAACAUGUAUAAAUGAAGUUUGGGGUAGUAAAUAGGAAACUAUAAGGAAACUCAGUUUCCCUCUGGUUGCUCCCUCAGAGGGAAACUGAGUGCCUUAGAAAGGAUGGUGUGGCAGAUACUGUUAGGUAGACACCCAACAAUCAUUCAGUAACCCUAACUAUUCCUUAAUGUUAACAGAAUCCUAAUUUUUUUAAGAGUCACAAUCAGUCUUCAUCCAAGAGAGAAAAGAUGGUUGGUUUAAGCUAAUCUUGAUAAUCUUAUUUUCAUUUCCACAUACUUAAGUUUUUAGUCUUUCUUGCAACUAGAGGUGGAAAUGAGAAAUUUAUCACAUGAGAAAUUUAUUAUUGUCAUUUAUAGUGGCCAUCAGAAAAGAUAGUGAAAUAAGUCUUUCGAUUCUCACUUAUAUAUUCCAAUGUCAGUAAACAUAAACACUAAUGAAUGCUGACUUGAAUGCUCAGGAUUUUCUUGAAACUUCUAAAUUCUGUGAUAAAGAAUUGGCCACUGUGACAGCAGAACAUAGGUCACUGAAGUGCAUUCCAUUACAGUAAGUCGGCAGGAGUUCAAACAGUUCUCUGUAAAUUUGUUUAACUGGGUAGAUUAAAUGGCAAUAUAUUUUCUAUAAAGAAACUUGUCUAAAUGAGAGAGUAUCAACUAUUUACAAUCAUGGCAUAACUACCUAGUGAGAAGUGAAUGCCUUGCCUUUGUGCAUCCCAUUAAGAAUGGAGGACAAAAAGUUAUUUUCUUCAAAGGCCGACUUCCAGAAUUUUUGGCGGAACGCUUUUUGUCAAGUGUGUAUUCCCUUCUCUAGGCCUUUCUAUAUAGAGCCCACAAACAUCGUCAGUGUGAAUCAUGUCAUUCAGAGGGUUAGCGACCAUGCCUCCGCCAUGAACAAGAGAAUUCAUUACUAUAGCCGGCUCAGCACUCCUGCAGACAAGGCACUGAUUGCUCCAGACCAUGUAGUUCCAGCUCCAGAAGAGUGUUAUGUGUAUAGUCCAUUGGGCUCUGCUUAUAAACUUCAAAGUUACACAGAAGGAUACGGUAAAAACACCAGUUUAGUAACCAUUUUUAUGAUUUGGAAUACCAUGAUGGGAACAUCUAUACUAAGUAUUCCUUGGGGCAUAAAACAGGCUGGAUUUACUACUGGAAUGUGUGUCAUCAUACUGAUGGGCCUUUUAACACUUUAUUGCUGCUACAGAGUAGUGAAAUCACGGACUAUGAUAUCUUCAUUGGAUACCACUACCUGGGAAUAUCCAGAUGUCUGCAGACAUUAUUUUGGCUCCUUUGGGCAGUGGUCGAGUCUCCUUUUCUCCUUGGUGUCUCUCAUUGGAGCAAUGAUAGUUUAUUGGGUGCUUAUGUCAAAUUUUCUUUUUAAUACUGGAAAGUUUAUUUUUAAUUUUAUUCAUCACAUUAAUGACACAGACACUAUACUGAAUCCCAAUAAUAGCAACCCCGUGAUUUGUCCAAGUGCCGGGAGUGGAGGCCAUCCUGACAACAGCUCUAUGAUUUUCUAUGCCAAUGACACAGGAGCCCAACAAUUUGAAAAGUGGUGGGAUAAGUCCAGGACAGUGCCCUUUUAUCUUGUAGGGCUUCUCCUUCCACUGCUCAAUUUUAAAUCUCCUUCAUUUUUUUCAAAAUUUAAUAUCCUAGGCACAGUAUCUGUUCUUUAUUUGAUUUUCCUUGUCACCUUUAAGGCUGUUCGCUUGGGAUUUCAUUUGGAAUUUCAUUGGUUUAUACCAACAGAAUUUUUUGUACCAGAGAUAAGACUUCAGUUUCCACAGCUGACUGGAGUGCUUACCCUUGCUUUUUUUAUUCAUAAUUGUAUCAUCACACUCUUAAAGAACAACAAGAAACAAGAAAACAAUGUGAGAGACCUGUGCAUUGCUUAUAUGCUGGUGACAUUAACUUAUCUCUAUAUUGGAGUCCUGGUUUUUGCUUCAUUUCCUUCACCUCCAUUAUCCAAAGAUUGUAUUGAGCAGAAUUUUUUAGACAACUUCCCUAGCAGUGACACCCUGUCCUUCAUUGCAAGGAUAUUCCUGCUGUUCCAGAUGAUGACUGUAUACCCACUCUUAGGCUACCUGGCUCGUGUCCAGCUUUUGGGCCAUAUCUUCGGUGACAUUUAUCCUAGCAUUUUCCACGUGCUGGUUCUUAAUCUAAUUAUUGUGGGAGCUGGAGUGACCAUGGCCUGUUUCUACCCAAACAUAGGCGGGAUCAUAAGAUACUCAGGAGCAGCAUGUGGCCUGGCCUUUGUAUUCAUAUAUCCAUCUCUCAUCUAUAUAAUUUCCCUCCACCAAGAAGAGCGUCUGACAUGGCCUAAAUUAAUCUUCCACGUUUUCAUCAUCAUUUUGGGUGUGGCUAACCUGACUGUUCAGUUUUUUAUGUGAAAUACCUCAACUGUUUGUUUUCUCAAGAACGUUCACGGUAUUUUGAGCCUUGACAACAGUUCUAUAUAAAUUCACUUGUAAAUGCUGCUGUUGUGUAAUUCUAAAUGUUUUCUAAGAUAAUUUGAAAGCAAGGGAAAUAGUGGCCUAUUAAUAAGUAUUUUUGUAUUGGGGUGGGGAAAGGGGCAAAAAGAAUGAUCUUAGUGUCUUGACUUUCUCCUGUUAACUCCCCUCUUCAUUCUGUGAUCUUUUCUGAAUAGAAAUGUAUGCCCUAGGAAGAAAUCAUGCUGGGUUUGCUUUUAGAGGUAAAAAGUGGUGGAUUUAUUUUGCCUGCAAUAAAGAUUCUCAGGGUGUCACAGCAGCAUAUUGCCAAAUCCUUCUUCUGUUUUAUGUUUCAGUGUAUGCACUUUCAUUUUCUUACUUACUAGACCAUUUCUGCAGUUUGCCCAAACCUCUACUGUUUGGGACAGUAAGAUAAAUACCUCAUUUUUUAAAAGACGUUUUCAUGGCAUUGGUGUUAAUAGCGUACAUUCUUAACUGAGUCUUUAAUGUUUAUUUGAAGAAAAAGUGAGACAAAAGCAAUGUCAAUGUAGUCCCCAUGAUCAUGAUAUGUACACAAAAUAAAGUAGGAGAAUUUGUUGC